GAAAGCGCAUGCGCAAAAGCGCUGUCACGACCCGUUAGCUUUUCGGUCAGAGCAUAGGCUAGGCUAAGCUAACACAGCUAUCAUGAAGGCUCUUCGAGGAAUGGUGAGCGGAGCCGUGAACGAGAUUACAUCGGCUGUCAGCGGGCAUAAAAUUGCCGCGACCCGUGAACACGUCCUCGCAGUCAACCGCGACUACAUCUCUCAACCGAGACUGACAUAUAAAACUGUAUCAGGUGUCAAUGGGCCUCUGGUGAUCUUGGACCAAGUGAAGUUUCCCAGGUACGCCGAGAUCGUCCACUUGACCCUCCCCGAUGGCACGAAGCGCAGCGGCCAGGUGCUGGAGGUCACCGGCUCCAAAGCCGUCGUCCAGGUGUUUGAAGGAACAUCAGGUAUUGAUGCCAAGAAGACAAGCUGUGAAUUUACAGGGGACAUUUUACGCACGCCCGUGUCUGAGGACAUGCUGGGCCGCGUGUUUAACGGAUCAGGAAAGCCGAUCGACCGAGGUCCGGCCGUCUUGGCCGAGGAUUACUUGGACAUCAUGGGCCAACCCAUCAACCCACAGUGCCGUAUCUACCCUGAGGAGAUGAUCCAGACCGGCAUCUCGGCCAUCGACGGCAUGAACAGCAUCGCUAGAGGGCAGAAAAUCCCCAUUUUCUCUGCAGCCGGUCUCCCACACAACGAGAUCGCAGCGCAGAUCUGUCGGCAGGCCGGUCUGGUCAAGAAGUCCAAAGAUGUGACGGACUACAGCGAUGACAACUUUGCCAUUGUGUUUGCAGCUAUGGGGGUGAACAUGGAGACAGCUAGAUUUUUCAAGUCUGACUUCGAGGAGAAUGGAUCCAUGGACAAUGUGUGCCUGUUCCUGAAUCUGGCCAAUGAUCCUACGAUUGAACGCAUCAUCACUCCUCGACUGGCGCUGACCGCCGCUGAGUUCCUGGCCUAUCAGUGUGAGAAACACGUCCUGGUCAUCCUGACUGAUAUGAGCUCCUACGCUGAAGCCCUGCGAGAGGUGUCUGCAGCGAGAGAGGAAGUGCCCGGACGGCGUGGUUUCCCUGGUUACAUGUACACCGAUCUGGCGACAAUCUACGAGCGGGCGGGGCGAGUGGAGGGACGUAACGGUUCCAUCACUCAGAUCCCCAUUCUCACCAUGCCCAAUGAUGACAUCACACAUCCCAUUCCUGAUUUGACCGGCUACAUCACAGAGGGUCAGAUCUAUGUUGACCGACAGCUUCACAACAGACAGAUUUAUCCUCCGAUCAACGUGCUGCCGUCUCUGUCCCGACUCAUGAAGUCGGCCAUCGGAGAGGGAAUGACACGCAAGGACCACUCGGAUGUCUCCAACCAGCUGUACGCGUGUUACGCCAUCGGGAAAGACGUCCAGGCCAUGAAGGCCGUAGUAGGAGAAGAAGCUCUGACGGCCGACGAUCUGCUCUACCUGGAGUUCCUGCAGAAGUUUGAGAAGAAUUUCAUCUCUCAAGGCGCUUACGAAAACCGCACCGUGUACGAAACCCUGGACAUCGGCUGGCAGCUGAUGCGAAUUUUCCCUAAAGAGAUGCUGAAGAGGAUCCCGCAGAGCACGCUGUCCGAGUUUUACCCCCGAGAGUCCAAACACUGAGCCGCUGCUCCGUUCUGCCGUACGCUCUUUAUUUCUCUUCUCAUGUGUAUUUCCGCCCCUUAAAUAUAUCACCCCAGAUGUGAUCCAUUAUAAACUUCUCUCACUGUAGCCUCGUAGUUCUCUGCUCCUGCUCACUGUACACCAUCUAAACGCUAAAUGUGGCCAAACAGUGAUGUGUAUAUAUACGUAUGUUGUGAAUAUUGUCGCAGUAAAGUGAGUGUGUGUGUGUGUGUGUGUGUGUGUGUUUGGGUGGGGGGAGGGGGGUGUAUAGAUUAGUCCUGGUGCCAUCACUAGAGUGCUGGAAUUAUCAUUACAAAGUAUAAAUAUAAAGCUGUGCGUGUGUGUGUUCGAUGGGCAGAAGUGCAACACGGUCCAAAUAAUAUAGCAGUGAUAAAAAAACGUACAAAGAAUUUACGUACAAAGAAUUUACAGGAAAGUCGGAUGAAAGCUUCGACGUACGAAGACUUCCACGAACACUAUGGCGUACGAUAUCACACACGACAAAUGCGCUGUGAUGGGAUGUUACAGGAAAAAGGCAUAGCUUAGUCGAUUCAUCCAUAGCAUCAUAUAAGCAUGCUAAACUCGUUAUCUUCAGCCAUUUAUUUAGUUAUUUAUUUAUUUAUCGCCAGUUCUUCCUCAUGCUCUGUGUUGCCAUAGUGACAGCAAUCUUCUCCUCCCUUUAUUUGUGGAAAACACAGCGCCACCUGUUGUACCGGAGAGCUCGACCCGUGUGCCACAGCCAAUGCGAAAAAACACCAAAAAAUACUGAAUAUAUUUCAGAAUAAACGUGUUGUGACAUCACAAUAUCGAUACUGUGCCAUCAUAAGACACAAAACUAACGGACUUCGCUCUCCGUACAAAUAAACCCAAAUCUCUGACGCUACGUGACGACGUUCUGUUCCGCUCUUCCACCGCGUCAUGAUAUUAGACCACGUCUGGACGUCACUACUAAGUCUGUAGCACUAAGUCUGAUCCGGUUCGUGCCAUGUUUCCUACCAAUACUAAACAUACAAAAAAAAGUCAUAACGCUUCGAACCAACAAAAAGAAAACACGAGUCACACUUUUGCCGUCUGUCAAAAUUUGAUAACGAACCUUUAAGCUUUGGUGCAGAACUAAAGAAUCGAACAGCCAAUAAACAGAAAACUGUAAACAAGAUUCUUCUUUACGAGCGACUCUUUUCAUGCUAAAGCUAGCAUUAAAUCUUAACAUCAUAAGCAAACAACUUUCAGUUCUUUUGUUAUUAUAUAAUAUAUUCACAUUCAGUCUUAGUGCAGAUGAUGGCAAUAUUAUUAUUAUUAUUAUUAUUAUUAUUAUUAUUGUUGUUGUUGUUGUUCAUUCCCAAUAAAAGCUACACACGCCAUUUAUUUUUCUGCCGUCCUUAUUCGAUAAGUCGAAGGUUGUUUGUUAUUUUAUUUUAUUUAUUUUAUUGAGGUUUUUUAUCAUCGGGAUUAUUUAUUCGUGCCAUGGAGGCCGUGCGUUUAGCGUGUCGUCGUCGUUCCUCGUUCGAUGGAUGUGCCGCAGUAACGUGUGUAUCACCUCACCUGUGAGUUUCACAUGGAAGGAUGUGAUUUCUGUCUGAAUGCAUGUAAUCAUGUGAUCGUGAAGCGUCUGUAUAUCAUUCGGUCUGGAGAAUAAAAUCCAUUCAUGUGC